AUGCUAAGUGCACACCUCGCCAACGUGGCCUCCUUCAAAGCGAAAAAAAAAAAAAAAAAAAAAAUAUUAAUAAAAAAAAUCAACUCGUACAAUAUAAAGAUACGUGAUGAAAUAAAUAAAACGUUUAGCCAAAGGAAGUUAGCGGAUGUAUAUUCAUUCGCAAACAGGAGUGGAGACAAGGACCGGUCAGAAGAGUGUGUCCAGUUGCUACAGUUGAUAAAACAAGUGUUCGAUGUAAAAAAUGUGUACCUUGGUAGGACAUACCUAACAGGACAAGAGAAAAAGAAGAGAAAAAAAAUUAUUCAAUUCAUUCAGUCCACUCCAAAUUGUGAUUUAGAAAAUGAAACGAUUUGUCAGCAGCAACAAGUGAAUAACAUCUUUAAUAAAUGUGGGGGACAAAUUAAUAACGUGAACUACUAUUCCGUUUACUCAAAACUUUUUCCAUUUGAAACAGGUUUCCUCUUCCCACAUUUUGUGCGCCCCGACUUUUGCUAUGACGAUCCUGGCGACGACCUCUUCACGUGGGUCAACCCACUUCACCAGGGGGGCAACUCCGCGCGCAGGGUGAAGAGCGACAUGGGGCCCUCCGCGGCGAAAAAACAGCAGGCAAAAGAAGAAGAGGCGGAAGAAGGUGAUGAGGAGGAUGGUGAUGAUGGUGACGAUGACGACGCAGAAGAAGACGAAGAAGAGCAGGAGGAGGCGCAGGAACACCCCCUCAGCGACCAACACAAGGCGAAUGGCCACGACUCCACCGCUCACCCAAGUGAAGAAAAAGAAACAGCAUCGAACAACCAAGAGGAACAACUUCAAAUGGAACUACUCAACACCCUACAUAUGAACCUGUCCUACGACUGCUUUUACAUUUAUGAAGUGAUGAGAAAAAAUAAUUCCUUCCUUUAUGCCAAGAGCAAACCAGGAGACUUCCUUUUAAUCCCACUUGUGUAUUACUCCUACUACGAUUGGCACUUCCUGCAUGACCUGUACUGCCUCCGUGAGAGGGCCUUCAUCCAGUCGACUUCCCCCUGUGAGCAUGUAGCGACACGUGGGGAGGCAGACCAAGUUUUCGAAAGCACCGAACAGGGGGACAAAGAGGUGGACAAAGAAGAGGGAGAAGAAAAGGCAGAAAAAGAAGCGGCGCCUGAACGGUCAAGCCGAAAGGACGCGAAGCCUAAGAUGGAAUGGAAAAAAGGAGGGCCAGUGGAAAUGUGCCUCUGUCUAGACAACAGGGGAAGCGUGAACAAAAUGAGCAGACGACAGAUUAACGAUCUGAUAAACUUCUCCUACUUUUUAAUCACCCGGAUUAUGCGGGCGGAGCACAAAUGUGUGGAGGAGCAGGUCGACUACAUGAUUAGCUGCCAACACGGAGAGGAAAAGGAGGCCAUUGACACUUUGAGCAGCAAAAUGAAAAGUGAAAAUGAGGAACAUAUCAUAAGUGAAUUUAAAAACACCUUAACAGAACAUCCUUUACUCAACAAGUCCGAAGAUUUAACCAAAUACAUGUGCCUGUUGCAGUGGACAAAAAAAGAAAUUAACAAACAUCAGCAGAGGAUUCUCCAAAUGAGUAAAGUAAAGGUGGAGUGGAACCAAAACUAUGCGGUCCUAAAAAGGUCCGUCUACAUGUUGCUGGGUUAUGAUUAUUCCAUGUUUGGUGCACAGGAUGAUGUGAAGGGGGCGGAUGCCCAGUGGAGGAAACUCAUCUUAUGUGUGAAUACCUUCCUCAUUGAUAAGCUGACGUCGUUUGACCCGCUGCUAUCCUUCGAAGAAAAACGAACCGAGGACCUACUCCAAAUGGACGUGCUGUUGGAUCAAGUUUCCUCAUCAAAAAGGAAAAAGAUACCCCCCCAAAUGGAAAACAUAGCUACAUUUGGACUAACCCUCUUAGCUCACUUCAACAAAGUGACGAGGGAUAUUUUAAAGGCAAUUCUCAAAGUGAAGGAAGAACAAGUUGCCAAUGGUUCAUGA